CAAGAGCAACAGCAACAGUUGCUGGCACAACAGCAUCUGCAGCAACAGCAGCAACAGUUGCUGCCACAGUACCAACAGUUGCUGCCACAGGUGCAUCAACAUUUCGACUACUCACAGCAGUUGAGCUCUUUCCAUGACCACGCCCACACACAAAACGCCUACGUGACGCAGCCAAGUCGCGAGUUUCAAGCGCCCUACUACUAAGUAUACCCCUCCCAUGCCCCCAGGCCCACUUCCUGCUCCUCACUCCCUCAUUCCCACCCA